AGCUAGGUUGCAGAAAAAAUAUUUACUUUCUUUCUUCCUUAUUUUACUAUGAUGGUUUUCCCUCAUUCUCUGCUGCAUAACUAAGGAAAGUAAAUCCAAUGACUAAAYAAUCUCUCACAUUGGAUUAUGUUUCAGAUUUCUUAUCAGAUUCCAUUGUGUAUGUAUAAUCUGAGUCAUGGGUGAAACARCUGUUAUCAAAUGUAUGUUUCUUCAAAAGUUUUGGUGAAAGAUAAUAUUUGAUAAGAUUUUCCUAGAUCACAAGCCGUGUUUUGCUCAUGCCACACUUUCCUAAAUGGACAGAGAUAAUAGCUGUGGGGCUUUACUGAUCUCCCUGUUUAAUGUUUUCAAUUCUUUAUUUAUUUUUUUAAUGAUAAAAACUGUUAUAGAUGAAAGAAACAGAUCUAUAAAUACUUACCAUGUUCAUGUAAUAAAGAUUAUAUAUACAAGGUAUAUACAUGGUGAGGAUGUAUGUGGACAAACAUACAGCAGAACAGUUAACCCUUACCAGCUGUUGCAGAGCUGCCUAGAAAUUGGAUCUGUAGGAGAUUGUGUCCUGGUAACAAUCCCAAGAACUUCAGCACCUAGUAAUUUAAAAUAUUGCUUCUCAAAAUCUGUAUCCAGAAAGUUCCAUCUUAUCCUGGAACUGAAUAAAUUUUCUGUGUACCCCAGAGGUCUGCUGCCAUUCAGGAACAGAAUUACCUGUGUCUUUGAUUGUGCUCAAUUGUCUGGUAUUUGUGCCAUUCCCAAACUGCAAAAGGAGCUGGAAAAAAAUAUUGUCUAUAACAUAUAUUUGUGGGUGUUAAUUGAUCAUUUGGUAAAAAGGACACAUGAUAUGUCCUCAGUUUGCUGUUUUUGGGGGGUUUUUGAGAUGGAGAACAGGCCAUACUGGGCACUUUCAACUGCAGGACAAGAUUCACAGGUGUGAAUAAAAAUGGAUUUAAGUGCCUACACUASUUCUAAAGGGAACAAAACCUCUGCUUGCUUUUUUUUCUUGAAAAUGAUGUUCAUUUGAGAAUUUUGUGCUUUUAUGUAAAUUUUUCCAAGAUCUGUCUCUGACUAAGAGAAGAUCAACUGUACUGUUCAAGAGAGACCCGAAGCUCAUGGAAACACUGAUCAUUCUAGAACAUGGCUGGAAAAUUGUAUUAAGGUGAGCUGGCCUGAGAAAUCAUGUCUUACUCAUCCUACAUACUCAUAGCACUGGCUGCUUUAUUAGUGACUUGCCAUGCAUUGAGURAACAUCCAGGAAGUUCUGGAUUGCAUGAUAUCCCUGGAAGACAUGGUCUGAAAGGUCUGUCUAAUUUGCUGGACACCCACCACCGCAAUGUUUUAGUAAAUUUGAAACACCGUCUUUUCCGACUGGAGUCUGUGCUUGCUUUGAAUGGGAAAAUAAGAAAAGUAGGRGAGAGAGUGUUUGCCAGCAAUGGGAAGAUAGUUGACUUUGCAUCUGCACUGCACUCCUGUGAAGAGGCUGGAGGAACUCUUGCAGCUCCCAUGAAUGAGGAGGAGAACAAAGCCAUUAUGGACAUUGUGAAACAGUAUAACCGAUAUGCUUACCUGGGCAUUAGAAAGGGGGAGGCUUCAGGUCAGUUUAAAUACAUAAAUGGCACACCCCUGAGUUACAUCAACUGGCACCAGCAUGAGCCUAACAGCAAAGGGAAGGAGAAAUGUGUAGAGAUGUACGCUGACGGCACCUGGAAUGACAAAAAAUGCAACAUGUAUCGUCUCACAAUCUGCGAAUUUUAAAUAAUGGCCUUUCAGCCACUUCAGAGCAUGGAGAAAAUGAAAUAUUCUGCAUUUAGGGUAUAUUAAAUUUCUGCAAUUUUUCUGUAUCCUAAAAUAUAAAAGUAAUCAUAUUAUGGUAUUUUUUAUCCUUAGGAAAAUGCCAAAUGUCCUAGAUGAUUAAGAUGAUUAAACUUUGCCUGAACUGAUGUGUUUCUCUCUUUUGGAGGGGUGGGAAUACCUCAGAAUUCAUUUUUCGUGGCAGACUGUCUCCACACCUUAGUGAAGAUUAGAGUAAAAUUCCAAGG